AAACCCUUAAGACACCAUUACUACCUCAACCCAUCUCUCUCUCUCUCUCUCUCUUGAAUCUAGAGAGAGACAGACAACAAACAAUGGAGAAUAAAACCAUUUUGGUCAUUUUCACAUCUCUCUUCCUUUCAACAUUGGUUUAUGAAACCCAAGCCAACAAACAGGUUCAUGCUCUCGUUCGACUCUAUAAAGCGAAGCUAACGAAAGAUGCGACUGUUAACACAAGCCAUUUUGAGGCACCGAAAAGUUUACACAAACCGAAUGUUGUUCUUCCUCAAAAAGGCCGAAAAGAGAAUGAUAAAAUUCAAAAACUUCCUGGCCAACCGUACGUCAAGUUCGACCAAUACGGUGGCUAUGUCACGGUGAACGAAACUGCUGGCCGAGCAUUUUAUUAUUACUUUGUUGAAGCAGAGAAAUCUAAAGAGUCUUUGCCACUUCUUCUUUGGCUAAAUGGAGGGCCAGGAUGCUCAUCGCUUGCUUAUGGAGCAAUGCAGGAGCUGGGACCAUUUCGAGUCAAUAGCGAUGGGAAAACUCUUUACCGAAACAAAUUUUCUUGGAAUCGCGCGGCAAACGUUUUGUUUCUAGAGUCGCCGGCUGGAGUAGGGUUUUCGUACUCUAACAAAUCCGCAGACUACGAAAAUGGGGGUGAUAAAUCAACAGCUGCUGAUAAUUAUGUGUUCCUAUUGAAUUGGCUAGAGCGAUUCCCAGAGUAUAAAGGAAGGGACUUUUAUCUGGCGGGAGAGAGCUAUGCGGGACAUUACGUCCCUCAGCUCGCGCAAACCAUCAUUUAUCACAACCUGAAAGCUAACAAAACCCUAAUCAAUCUUAAAGGGAUCCUUAUUGGAAACGCUGUAAUCAACGAUGAGACAGAUACGAUCGGGAUGUAUGAUUACUUUGGUUCUCACGCAAUAAUUUCAGAUGAAACUGCUUUUACAAUCCGCAAAUAUUGUAAUUUUUCACCAGAUGCAGUCACGCAAUCGGAUACGUGCAUUGACGCCACAAACGACGCUGAUUAUAACAUCGAAGCUAUAGACAUCUACAACAUUUAUGCCCCUUUAUGCUUUGAUGGCAAUCUUACAACAAAAGCCAAGAAGACAUCGUGGCAGAAUAUCGAUCCUUGUAGCGAUUACUACACCUAUGCGUAUAUGAACCGUCAAGAUGUUCAAGAGGCUUUGCAUGCCAAUGUAACCAAGCUCGAGCAUGAUUGGGAACCAUGCAGUGAAAUUCUCAAAGGUUGGCUAGACAGCUCCUCAACAGUUGUUCCACUCCUUAAAGAAUUCAUGAAGCUUAAGCUUCGCGUUUGGAUAUUCAGUGGAGACACUGAUGCAAGGGUACCAAUCACCUCAACCAAGUAUUCCAUUGAUUCUAUGAAGCUUCCUAUUAAAACUAAAUGGCAUCCUUGGUUUCAUCAAGGAGAGGCGGCUGGUUUUGCACAAGUUUAUAAAGGGGAUCUAACGUUAGCAACGGUUCGAGGGGCCGGUCACCAGGUACCAAGCUACCAACCAAAGAGAGCACUUGCACUUGUCAGGCAUUUUUUGUCAGGAAAGCCGCUAAUGGAUCCUUCAAGACGUUGAUAUGAUUCUAUACGUUAUUCUUUUACAUAUAUGCAGAUGAUUUGUAUUUCAAAGUUGAUUAAUUAUAAUUAGCCCCAUUUGAUUAUUGUUGAUCAUUAAUUGGUGAUAUAAAGUGAUCAUUUUGUUAAAUUUGAAACUUGAUCAUAUAGGAAAUUGAAAUUUGAUGAAGUGUCUUGUAGUUA